CUGCAUUUAGGACGCUCUGGGUGUCCAUGUAGGGGGCGAAGAGAAGCACUGCAGACCUUUAUAGAAGAACAAAUGAUAAGAGUCCUCAUACAUAAAGACUCCAUUAGCAACACCAGUGACCCGGGAGCCCAAACCAUCAGCAAAGCAGACAGUGAACAUGGCUAGUAAGAAAGCUGCGGCCAAGAGGGGGAAAACUGCUCAAAGAGGCUCUUCCAAUGUCUUCUCCAUGUUUGAGCAAUCACAAAUACAGGAGUUUAAGGAGGCUUUUGGCUGCAUUGAUCAGAACCGGGAUGGAGUUAUCAACAAAUCUGAUCUGAAGGAAACUUAUGCACAACUAGGGAAGCUGAAUGUGAGUGAUGAAGAGCUGGAGUCCAUGCUAACAGAAGGAAAGGGGCCCAUAAACUUCACCGUCUUCCUCACUCUCUUCGGAGAAAAGCUCAAUGGCACAGACCCAGAGGAAACCAUCCUUGCUGCUUUUAAAUUGUUCGACCCAAAUGCCACAGGAGUUGUCAAUAAAGAUGAGUUUAAGAGGCUGCUAAUGACCCAAGCUGAUAAAUUCACAGCAGAAGAGGUUGACCAGGCUUUUGCAGUGGCUCCAAUAGACGUGGCUGGAAAUAUUGAUUAUAAGUCGCUUUGUUACAUUAUCACACAUGGUGAUGAAAAAGAGGAAUCUUGAAGAAAGGAAAACGUCUCAGUUUAUGUCUGCAUAUAUGUUCAAUUAAAUCCUCACGUGAGCAGGUUUUAUUAUUAAAACAUUUCUGUUGCAUCUUAACACAAGACUAAUGUCUGUUUUAUAUACAAAAUAAACAUUAGAUUGCUGGACUGAGCUUAAGAGAAGACCAUGAGAGGAGAUAAUUGUCAUCUUAUUUAUUCUGUCUGUAACUGCUGCCCCCUACAGACUGUUAAUUGCAAUUAAUAACUGGACAUUUGCCUUAAGGCCCUUGAAUUCCUUGACUAUGAGUAGAGCAUUAUCUCAAACCUCUAAUAAACUUCA